UAAAAAGCCCAGCUUUCCUCCAUGUUAGAUAUAAAGUGGAAAAGCGGGGAGAUAGAGCAGAAUUCCGCCCGGUCUUCAGCCAGGCUGGAGAGCGGAAGAGCACAGUGAAACCCUCGGGCUGUUGAAAUUUCUAGACUGCCAGGAAGCCUCUAGAAUUCAGAGAAAAUGAGAGUUUCUUAACUCAAACUGUAGGGAAAGGGGACAGAUGCUUUUAAUCGUUCUCCCCAACCUGUGCUACCUUUCUUGACCAGCAUGGUAAGCACGAGGACAGCUGCCAGCCGCCUGGGACAGGUCUGUGGCAUCCAAGACAACCUAAGUAAGGCAGAGUGAUCUGGAGCCUGCCACUCGGUUCCCGCGCUCCAUGGGCUCUGGGGGAGGCAGGAGAAGGACCAGCAGCUGCAGAGUCCCAGCAGCUGGAGCCGCCAGGAUGAGCUGCGAGGAGGGAGAGGACCCCGGCUGCGGCUGCGGGAGCCCGGAGGAGAAGAAGAUGCUGAAGUGUGUGGUGGUGGGCGACGGCGCCGUGGGGAAAACCUGCCUGCUCAUGAGCUACGCCAACGAUGCCUUCCCGGAGGAGUACGUGCCCACGGUGUUCGAUCACUAUGCAGUUACCGUGACAGUGGGAGGCAAGCAACAUUUGCUCGGACUGUAUGACACUGCAGGACAGGAGGACUACAACCAGCUGCGGCCGCUCUCCUACCCCAACACGGAUGUGUUUUUGAUCUGCUUCUCGGUCGUCAACCCUGCCUCUUACCACAAUGUCCAGGAGGAGUGGGUCCCAGAGCUGAAGGACUGCAUGCCUCACGUGCCUUACGUCCUCAUAGGGACCCAGAUUGAUCUCCGCGAUGACCCCAAAACCUUGGCCCGUUUGCUGUAUAUGAAAGAGAAACCUCUCACUUACGAGAAUGGGGUGAAGCUUGCAAAAGCGAUCGGAGCGCAGUGCUACUUGGAAUGCUCGGCCCUAACUCAGAAAGGUCUCAAAGCGGUUUUUGAUGAAGCAAUCCUCACCAUUUUCCACCCCAAGAAAAAGAAGAAACGCUGCUGUGAGUGUCACAGCUGCUGCUCAGUUCUCUGAGGCUGCUGGGGACCAGCCUCUGCCCACAGCCAAGGGUGAGACCUAGCGCAUACCACGAAGGAGGGCAGGACCAGAAAGGAAGUCCCCUCGCACGAAGGCUUGCCCUUGCACGCCAGGGGCCCCCGUGAGCACAGCACUCAGUCAGCCAACCGCCCCAUCCUGGCUACCAGCCAGAGCAUCUACAUCGCAGCCGUGGUGAGAAUGUGGAGCCCAGAUGUUGGCAGGGCCACGUUGGAAACAAAGGCAAAGACCAUGCUGCAUUUUGCAUCUCCUUCCACGAACAUGAAGCUGAUGGAAAAUCAUCACCAAAAAAAAAAAAAGGGGGAACUAGGUUCCUAUAGUGGUGGCCUUACUUGGUGUCUUCUCCAGAACACGGGAAUACCAUACUAACCCUUUCUUCCAAAUCCGUUAUUCUAUAUGUCGUGCAUUUAUUUGUAUUGUUCUAAGAAGUUUACUAAUUUACCAAUUUACUCAGGCCUUACAAAGCCAUACCAAAUUAGCCUAAAGACAAUGUAUUUUAUAUCCAUUUCCAUUUUCAUCAUGUUUCCACCAAAGCUAUGAGAACCAACAUGUACCUCUGAAUGCCUGCCUGACUAUAAGAAGAAAACAAGAAAAUGUUACAACUUUUAGAAAUUUACAAAGCCAAGAUUUUUGAACCCAGUUGAAAGAAAAUACUAACUGAAUUGCUGUGGGUCCACAUUUUUGCCAAAGAGUCACCCUGAAAAUGCUUUAACUGAUAGGUAGCCUUAUUUUCCCCCCUCCAUAUUUAUAUUGUCAUGGCAAGCUACUAAUGAACUGUGUUUAAGAAAGUAGUUUCUCUGCUUUUCAAUCAAACUGACUGAGGACGAAUAUACAGACCUUUUUAAAAUCUUUUAAAAUAUUCUUUAUUCAGCAAAGUGAACUUUCCUGCUCCCUCCCUUCCCCGAUGACAGGCCUUCCCUCCCUUGAAUUCAUAACGUACUCCCAUUCCCAAUAGUAACUUGAUCUAAAAGAAAGACCCAGGCACAGGGCGUGAAAAAGUAAAUGUUUGAAAGUCCCCAAAGGUUAAGCAAAGUGCCUCAAUUUUUCCUCUCGCUCCAACCUGAAGUGCUUCGCAGCUUGCCCCAUGCACGCUCCCAGUGCUGUUUAAACGACAUGUUCCAAGUACAGCUGCUACAAAAAUAUUGCCUCUCCCUAUUAUCUACACUCAUUGCCCCAAAGUAUGUUUAGUGGAUGGAUCUGUGUGUACACAGCUCUGUAUCUGUUUAUCCCCUGCUUCCAACAUAAUGUGCUCUGUAGAACAGGAACUUCGGUUUUGGGAAAGAAAAGCCCCAGUAAGGCAGUAAGUGCUCUUCAUACGUGCCUCUUCCAAACAUCCCCAGAUUCUUGUAUCACAGAGUGAGUUACUUCCUAGCUUUUAAUUAGAAACUAUACAGUCUCCUAAUUAGUCUUAUUUGCUUACAAUUAUCCUGGAAACACCCAGGUAGGCACUUUACUUUUUAUUUCAAUUGCAUAAGCAAAGUGCCUCUUUGCAACAUCAAAUGACACCAAUUUCAGCAGAAGGGGCUCUGGAUUCACACUCCUUCUGUUGGAAAAAUUCAGUCUUUCUAGUCCUUUCGGCUCCUGGAGGAAGCACAUAAAAAAGAAGCAUAUGAUGCACGUCUUUUCUGUUAAGAUCUUCCAUGACACACACCCUCCCCCAGUCGUUUAGGCUUCGUUUGUUUGUUUAGAAUUUCUGAAAUGUGUUUCCCUUCCUCCACAUUGCAAGUUCUAUUUCUCUUCUCUCCCACCUAGUUGCUAAACAGUUUCUUAAACACACGCAAACAUACACGCCCGAAACCAAAGGAAAACGGGAGUUUUAUAAGUCAAAGCUUGACAGAGAAAGCAAGGACUUUCUGCCUCUGUAAAUGAAAAUCAACUGUGCAUAAACUGUAACUCUGCAGAGGUUAUGGAUUCAUUCUUUACAAAUAACAAUGAGCAUUUAGCCCUGUAAUAAAGGAAGUGCUAUUAGCCACUUGUGUUGCAUUAUUGCAUAGUUGCAUCUUGCUAAGGGGCCUGUCUUCACUUCUCAUUGAUGUGGAUGAAACACCCAGUGCUGGAAAAAUCCAGUUUGCUCCACCAAAGACGAUUUUCUGGAGAUGUGCAUUCAACAAGCAAAUGGUUGCCCAAGCCAUCAUCUCCCUACUGGACCACAGGGAUUAACUUGUUCACAGUGGGAAGAUCCCUCUCUCAUCUCAAGCCAGAACCUGGAGAGAAACUGUUAGUAUCUGGGUGGAGAGGCUCCUAGAGGUCUCAGGAGCUAAUUAUUAAAUAAAAUAAUGAAGAAAGAAGCAA